ACCGAGCUGCGGCAACUUAGCGCCCGCAGAGCCUCGUUGCUGGUCCCGAGGUUGCAUCACUAGUGGUCAGCAGCCUGCGCAGGGAAGAACGGGUGCCGAGAAUCUUGAAGAAAAUUCUUCGUGGGUUCGAAAAAGAGGGCCAUGGUGGAGCAAUAAUUGCUAGUUUUGCAUGCAAUCUCUGUCGUCAGGGCAAAACUCGGGAUUGUUGGCUGCCGAAGAAGAGCCGGAUGACGAUGUUGAGCUCGCUUCUUACGAUGGAGUGGCGGCCUCACAGUUCAGGGACAGUCUCGCGUGUGCUGGUGAUACUGUUAGCGGGGGAUGAGCGCUGCAUAAAGAGGAGACAUAACUAUGGAGAUAAAGGCGGGAUAGGCUUACCAUGCGUUCACUCCACAGCACGCCCAAACCUGGCCGCGUGCCUUUUCAGGACGAGCCACAGCAGCUUGCGGCGGAGAGCCCAUGCGGAUACUGCAACCUGCGGCAUACUGUGCAACCUGAGGAUAUCCAAAACUCGGGAGCUUAGUUGCCCCAUGGGUGGGGGGGGCAGGCGCUCUUAUACUCAUGCUCCGGACUGCGUUACUCCGGACUCUGGAGGGUGGGAGCCCCAGACUAAGCGUCUUCCACCAAUGAAAUAUUUACUUGACCAAGAGGUGACAAUUUGGGAUACAUUUCCUACAAUAUUGCACGGAACGUGAGUCGUGGCCUGACGGUCGGGCUACCCGGAUCAGCAUAGCCCAAAUCCAACACCUCGGAGAGACGGGAGCAUGUCACAUGCUCGACGGUGACAGAGCUGGUAUUCGUGGGGAGAUGCGGUGAAACAGUGAAUGAAACGCGUCAUUUACGAUGCAUCCCUCGUCAAGAGUGGAAC